UUCCAUUUCAAACCCUACCUCACAGUCGACCUGUUUUUGCCAAACCCUAACCCCCUCACUCUCCCCUCCCUAAAACACAAACUCACUCUAUCUCUCUCUCUCCCUCGAUCUCUUCAUCCUUAGCUCGCAAUGGCCUCUAUGAUGCAACCACAAAUCAUAUUGCUGAAAGAAGGUACAGAUACUUCUCAAGGAAAACCGCAGUUAAUUAGCAACAUUAAUGCGGUUAUGGCCGUAGCCGAUGUCGUCCGUACGACUUUAGGUCCUAGAGGUAUGGAUAAAUUGAUCCAUGAUGAUAAGGGUAACACCACUAUCUCCAACGAUGGUGCUACCAUUAUGAAGCUGCUCGAUAUUGUUCAUCCCGGCGCUAAGAUCCUUGUCGAUAUCGCCAAGUCUCAAGAUUCCGAGGUUGGUGACGGAACUACUACUGUGGUUCUUCUUGCUGGAGAGUUUUUGAGAGAGGCCAAGCCAUUCAUUGAAGAUGGUGUUCAUCCUCAAAAUCUGAUUCGAAGUUUCAGAACGGCUUCCUUUAUGGCCGUUGAGAAGAUUAAAGAAUUGGCUGUAAGCAUAGAGGGAAAAAGUUUAGAUGAAAAGAGAAGCUUAUUAGCUAAAUGUGCGGCUACAACACUCUCAUCUAAGUUAAUAGGAGGAGAGAAAGAGUUUUUUGCAAAAAUGGUCGUGGAUGCUGUAAUCUCAAUCGGAAAUGAUGAUAGAUUGAAUAUGAUUGGAAUAAAAAAGGUUCCCGGUGGUACAAUGCGGGACUCAUUUCUUGUAAAUGGCGUUGCAUUUAAGAAGACUUUUUCAUAUGCUGGGUUUGAGCAGCAACCCAAGAAGUUUUUGAAUCCAAAGAUUCUACUAUUGAACAUUGAACUAGAACUAAAAUCAGAAAAAGAAAAUGCGGAGAUAAGACUUUCGGACCCGUUGCAAUAUCAAUCCAUAGUUGAUGCAGAAUGGAAUAUCAUAUAUGCCAAGUUGGAUAAAUGUGUACAGAGUGGUGCCAAAAUUGUCUUGUCGCGUCUGGCUAUUGGUGAUCUGGCAACACAGUAUUUUGCAGACCGAGAUAUAUUUUGUGCUGGUCGCGUUGCUGAAGAUGACCUGCAUCGUGUUGCAGCUGCAACUGGUAGUGCUGUGCAGACAUCUGUCAACAAUGUUAUAGAGGAGGUUCUUGGGUCUUGUGAGGUUUUUGAAGAAAAACAAGUUGGAAACGAAAGAUUUAAUAUAUUUAGUGGAUGUCCGUCUGGCCAGACAGCCACUAUUGUUCUCCGAGGUGGCGCUGAUCAGUUUAUUGAAGAGGCAGAGCGGAGUUUACAUGAUGCAAUCAUGAUUGUGAGAAGGGCCAUGAAGAAUUCUACAGUUGUUGCUGGAGGUGGUGCGAUAGAUAUGGAGAUUAGCCGGUACUUGUGGCAACAUGCAAGGAAUAUUGCUGGAAAGUCCCAGUUAUUUAUAAACGCCUUUGCCAAAGCACUUGAGGUUAUUCCACGACAACUUUGUGAUAAUGCUGGAUUUGAUGCAACUGAUGUACUCAACAAACUCAGACAAAAACAUGCACUUCCUUCUGGUGAGGGUUCUCUUUAUGGAGUAGAUAUCAACACUGGAGGAAUUUCUGAUUCCUUUGCCAACUUUGUGUGGGAGCCAGCAGUUGUAAAGAUUAAUGCUAUAAACGCUGCAACAGAGGCAGCCUGCCUUAUAUUGAGUGUCGAUGAGACAGUAAAGAACCCAAAGUCUGAGAGUGCACAAGGAGAAGCUGGUAUGAUGGGUAGAGGACGUGGUGGCGGUGCCAUGCGUGGUGGACGUGGAAGAGGGAUGCGUAGACGUUGAACAUUUCCUGUUUCAGUUUCAUUUAAACUUGAGCAUAGGCAUGAGCAUGGGACACGUAGCCUCUAGUGUGGGAUGGAAGAAAUUUUGGUUUUGGUUUGAAGAUUUUAUUCCAAUAUGUUUGCUGCUUUGAUUUUUGCUGUAUUAAAAAUUGUAUGGAUCUUAUGUUUAGUAGCUGGGGGUUCAAUAGGAUUAUUAAUUUGAGCUUUGUUUUAAGUUACUCUUUUUGUUCACAUGACCUGUAUUUUUAGAGCUUAAAUGAAAAAAUCUGUAGUUCA